AUGUGGACAGAGGAGUGUGAGCUCGCCUUCCAGGAGCUCAAGCAUUACAUGGGGUCCCCACCACUACUCUCGAAGCCUGAACGAGGGAAACCGCUCCUAUUAUACCUAGCAGUAUCAUCAGCUGCAGCAGAAGAACUCCUCGCCCUCUGGACGUACAGAACUACAGCUCAAACAACCAUUGGAGAAACCCCUUUUUCCCUCGCCUUUGGUGCCAAGGCAGUUGUCCCGAUAGAGGUCGGCCUCCCAUUCGCACAAACCCAGUCUUACGACAAGGAUAAAAAAGCGGAACUGAUGAUGCUCGAUCUGGAUUUGCUCGAGAAAAAGAGAGAACAAGCCCGACUGAGAGCCGCAGCUCAACAACGACAAGUUGAACGCUUCUAUAAUUCUAAAGUAAAAACUAGAAGGUUCUGA